AUGAGUUUCGGAUUCAGCCUUGGGGACUUCGUUUCCGUUAUUACAUUAGCUAAUAAGCUCCGACGAGACUUUGUUGGUGCCCCUAGCCAGUUCAACAGUAUUUCUAGAGAGGUCAGAGGACUGACAAUUAUUCUCCAAGACGUUGAUAUUCAACUACCGGGUUACGAUAUUGAUGAUCGCCAACGCAAACAACUAGGAGAAAUUAGUCAUAACUGUGAGACCCUGCUGAACGAGGUUCAAGAUGCCAUUGGGAAAUAUAAGGUCGUUGAAUAUUGCGGUACAUCGAUUCACAAGAAAGCUAGAAGUAUUUGGAAGAGGAUCGCCUGGGAGCCGAAAGACAUAGGCGAACUUCGAGAUCGGUUAUUAUCUAAUGUGACAUUACUCCAGUCAUUCUUGAGUGCUAUAUCAAGUCAAACGAUGACUGCGACGAAACAAACACUGGAACACCUCAACCAGCGACAAGAAAGCAGUGAACAAUCUGGUAUCCUCAACUGGCUGUCUGACGUUGAUUACACUUUGCAGCAGAGCGAUCUCCUCGCUCGACGACAAGAAGGAACUGGAAAAUGGCUUCUCGCUUCGGAUCAGUAUAUACAUUGGCUUCGCACACCACGAGCCACCUUGUUUUGUCCAGGAAUGCCGGGUGCGGGGAAGACCAUAUGUUCUGCGAUCCUUGUCGAUGAUUUGACUACGCGAUUUGAGAAUAGGCCAGAUGUCGGUAUAGCUUACAUCUACUGCAACUUUAAUCGUCAAGAUGAACAGAAGGCUCAAGAUUUGCUUCUAAGUCUGUUGAAGCAAUUAAGCCAGAGGAGGACAGCCGUCCCAGAUUCCGUGAGAGACCUCUACAAGCGCUACAAAACUACAUCGACACGUCCGCGAUUCGAUGAAAUAUCAAAAGCUCUUCACUCCGUUGUCUCCACGUAUUCCGAUGUGUUUAUUGUUGUCGAUGCCCUCGAUGAGUGCGAAUCUACUUGCCGUACCAGGGUUUUGGGCGAGAUCAUGAAAAUUCAAGCCGAUGCUGGAGCAAAUGUGCUUGCGACGUCAAGGCCCACAGAGAUAAAUGAUUUGUUCAAAUCAGGCAACUUCUUGGAGAUACGGGCUCAUGAGAACGACGUUCGACGAUAUCUUGAUGGCAAUAUGUUCCGGCUCCCGGGAUUUGUGAGCCGAAAUACUGCAUUGCAAGAGGAGAUUAUGACUGUAAUCUCACGCCAUGUACAGGGAAUGUUCCUUCUUGCACAGCUUUACUUUGAGUCAUUGAUUGGCAGAAGGUCAGCCAAAUCUACUCGAACCGCUCUGAAAGAGCUCUCGAAGGGGUUUAAUGACUAUCCAUAUGAUAGGGCUUACGACAAUGCAAUAAGCCGCAUUAAAGGGCAGAUAGGAGAGCAGACUGACUUAGCGAUGCAAACUCUGUCCUGGCUCACAUGCGCGAAAAGGCCACUCACUUCCUUGGAGCUCCAGCAUGCGCUUGCAAUAGAGGAAGGAGAAUCCACCAUUGAUGAAGAGAACAUGCCAGAAGUUGAAGACAUCCUAGCUGUAUGCUCUGGACUCGUUACCAUUGAAAACGAAAGCGGGAUAAUUCGACUGGUUCAUUAUACGACGCAAGAAUACCUCGAGCGGAAGAAAGAUUUACUCUUUCCCACCGCAGAAAAUGAUAUCAGCAGGUUGUGUGUUACUUACAUUUUAUUUGACACAUUUGGAUCUGGGAUCUGUGAAAGCGAUGAGGCGUUCGACGAGCGUUUACAAUCCUAUCCAUUCUACCCUUAUGUGGUAUGGCAUUGGGGCCACCACGUAAAACUGACCGGAACUUUAUAUCCGGCUGUGAUGGACUUUUUGAAACAUCAGACAAAAAUUGAUGCUUCAGAACAAGCUGUCCAUGUUAGAAGGCACUCGAUCCCAAAAGAUUGGAGCCAGAGUUUUCCGAGGCAAAGAGCGGGGCUGCAUCUCGCUGCAUACUAUGGAAUUGAAGAAGCAGUGUCUUUUUUUCUUCGACAUGGGUCCCCUGUGGAUAUUUGUCAUAACGGUGGUUGGACUGCUCUAAAACAUGCCAUCUCAGGAGAUCAUCUGAAUGUCACCCAGUACCUCCUUUCCCAUGGAGCAGACCCAAAUGGAAUAAGUCAGCACCACGACACCCCGCUUUCAUCUGCUGCCCAGUAUGGAAAAGACGCCAUCGUUAGACUUCUUCUUGAGCGGGGUGCCGACGUUGAUGCUCCGUCUGGAUGGUAUGGAAGUCCCCUGGUCGCAGCAUGUGACAAUGGCCUGCUAAAAACUGUGGAGAUCCUCCUCAACAGCAACGCAAAUAUCAAUAGCAAGAGCGAACUAUACGGAAGUCCUUUGCAAGCUGCCGCUGGGGCGGGCCACUGGAAUCUAGUAAGGUUCUUGCUUGACAAGGGUGCUGACCCCAAUUCUCAAGUGGAUGAUGUUGACACCGGCUUGCAAUCAGCAGCAUUCCACGGCCAGGAAGAGAUUGUACAAAUCUUGCUCAGCCAUCACGCAGAUGUCAACCAACAAUCAAGGCGCCAUGGAAACGCACUGAGAGCGGCUUCGAUGAACGGAAAUCAGCAAAUAGUGCAAAUGCUACUCGACAGCGGCGCCAACAUAAACGCGGAACAUGAGCUGGGCACAGCCCUGAUUGCUGCGGUUACAAAAGGGCAAUGUCUCAUAGCAAAGAUGUUACUUGACAAUGGCGCUGAUAUUCACGGUCGUGGAAGACCUCAUGGCACUGCCUUGCAUGCAGCCGCCUCGUUCGGAAAUAUUAAAAUAGUGCAGAUGCUUCUCGACAGAGGCGCCGACAGCAGUAUUCGUGCUGGUAUCUACAAAACACCCCUUCGAGCAGCCAUUACGCGAGGUCAUCAGGAUAUUGCCUCGCUCCUCAGAAGCCAGCGGUAG